AUGAUGAGAUUACCGUUUCGUCGUGGCAUGGCCACAAACACCGCGGCAACGCUGCGAAACGCACGCAAGGUUGUUUGCAUUGGUCGCAACUACGCAGACCACAUUGCCGAGUUGAACAGCGCCAAGCCCAAGCAGCCAUUUUUCUUCCUCAAGCCGCCGUCAUCGAUUGUUGCGCCCGGCGCUGGACCUGUGAUCCGACCCAAAGGUGUCGACCUUCACUACGAGGUGGAGCUGGCUCUCAUCAUUGGCAAGGAGGUCAAGAACUUGAAGGCAGACGACGACCAGGGUGCUCUAGAUGCCAUUGAAAGCUAUGCCCUCAGCAUCGAUAUGACAGCCCGCAACGUCCAGAACGAGGCCAAGAAGAAGGGACUCCCCUGGGACAUUGCCAAGGGCUUCGACACCUUCCUGCCAUUCAGCCAUAUCAUCCCCAAAUCGGCCAUCCCGGACCCUCACAACGUCGAGCUGUACCUCAGCGUCAACGGCGAGGUCCGCCAGCAGGACUCCACCAACCUGCUCCUGUUCAGGAUCCCCCGCGUCCUGAGCGACAUCUCGAGCGUCAUGACCCUCGAGAAGGGCGACAUUGUGCUCACCGGCACCCCCAAGGGCGUCGGCCCCGUCGUGCCCGGCGACGUCAUGCGUGCCGGCAUUCGCGUCAACGGCAAGGACAUCGAGGAGGCCCGCAUUGAGAUCCCGGUGGAGGAGUCUACCAGCGACUAUGUUUACAAGGAGACUUAG